AUGUCCGGCGAAGAGAACGCCACGCCGGCGACGACCGCGACGAAAGUCUGGACAACCCUCAUCACAAACACCGACUACCUCUCGGGCCUCCUAACCCUCGAAUUCUCCCUCCGCAAGUCCGGCUCCAAAUACCCGCUCCUCGUCCUCUACACCGACUCCUUCCCACCAGAAGGCCACGCCGCCCUCGAUGCGCGGGGCAUCCUGAAGCGCCGCGUACCCUACCUCCUCCCGACGGUCUCAAAGGACUUCGUCAACGAUGUGCGCUUCUAUGAUUGCUGGAGCAAGCUCACGCCAUUCUCGCUGGUGCAGUAUGAGCGUGUUGUGCAGUUGGAUAGUGAUAUGGUUGUGCUGAAGAAUAUGGACGAGUUGAUGGAGUUGGAGUUGGAUGCGCCGGAGCUUGCGGGGACUGGGCAGAGGGUUUUUGCGGCGAGCCAUGCGUGUGUUUGUAAUCCGUUGAAGAAGGCGCAUUAUCCGAAGGAUUGGAUCCCCUCAAAUUGCGCGUUCACCUCCCAACACUCAACCCCCGCAGUCGCUCAAAAGACCGGCGCACCGCCAACAACGGGCCUGGGUAUGGCCAACGGCGGUCUACUGGUCGUGAACCCCAGUCAGGCAAUCUACGACAAGAUAAUCGCGCAGCUAUCCUCGUCCACGGCGUCAAACUACGACUUUGCGGACCAAUCCUUGCUCUCGGAUAUCUUCUACGGCCGGUGGGUGGCGCUCCCAUACAUCUAUAAUGCGCUCAAGACGUUACGGCGGGAAGGAGUGCAUGAUUCCAUCUGGGUGGAUGAGAAUGUGAAGAAUGUGCAUUAUAUCUUGAGUCCGAAGCCGUGGGAUGAGGAUCCGAAUCCGGAGACGAGGACGAGUAACGAUCCAACGCAUGCUUGGUGGUGGGAGAUCAAUGAUGAGCGGUUCAAAGAGAAGAAAGACAAAGGCAGACCAAGUACUUCGACUACACUAUCUACGAUGUGA